UCGCGAGUCGUCGCGCAGAGCGCACGUGUCGCUGUGUUGUAUCACAAAAUUCUCAUACUAUUUCUAUCGUGAUUAAAUUGUGGAUUGUCUAUGGUGACAGUGGAUCAAACGGUGGUGUGUGUGUGUUAAAAUAAAUUAUGUGAGUGUCUGUUUUCCGGCAUACAACUGUGUAACAAAAGCUGCCAGCAAAGGACAUCGUUGAAGAUAAAAAAGACGAUAAGGAAACAAGUUCUAUCGGGCUAUUGAGCUGUGAAGAUUUAUGAUCGUUACUUCAAAAGUGUUCCAUGAUAAUCCGCAAUCAAAAAUGAAGGCAAUAUAACCGAAAAUGUGUAAACGGAUCGCCGAAACAAGAACCGAAAGAGUGAGAAAGAAAAAGGUUAGACCCAUUGAUAACACUGCUUGCUGAUUGGACGAACAUAUAAUUAUGGUGCCGAUAGACGAAGCAAUCUUCGACGACAUUAAGGAAGAGGCUACCGUGACAAAAGUUAAGCGCGAGAGAUAAAGGCUAUACCAUAUGGAUCAAGUAAACGUAACACGGAAUGAUACCAGCAACGCGACGGGAGUCAGCGACGAGGAAUGGCUGGAUUCGGUGCUGUUCAAGCUGCGAACCGCUGUGCUGCUGCUGAUCGUCAUCAUGGCAGUUCUGGGCAACCUACUCGUGAUUGUCAGCGUUAUGCGCCACAGGAAACUGCGUGUCAUCACGAACUAUUUCGUAGUGUCCCUCGCGUUUGCCGACAUCCUGGUGGCCAUGGUCGUCAUGCCGUUCAAUUUCAGCGUGCAAUUUUACAAUGAAUGGAUAUUUAGCACCGUUGUGUGUGAUCUGUGGAACUCUUCGGAUGUCUACUUCACGUCGACGUCGAUUUUACAUCUGUGCUGCAUAUCUGUGGACAGAUAUUACGCGAUUGUUAAGCCUCUGAAGUAUCCCAUAAAGAUGACCAAGAAGAUGGCGUUCGUUAUGUUAGCAGCGACAUGGCUUAGUCCUAUAACAAUUUCCUAUGCACCAAUAUUCAUGGGCUGGUACACCACCAGCGAAUUCAUACGGAACCGGGUGCAGAACCAGUGCGAGUUCAAAGUCAACAAACCGUACGCUGUGAUAUCCAGCUCCAUAUCCUUCUGGAUCCCCUGCACCAUCAUGAUAUUCACCUACCUUGCUAUAUUCAAAGAAGCGAACCGCCAAGAAAAAGCGCUUCACGCUAGAGCAGGUAAUGCCAUGUUAAUGCAUCGGCAUUCAAGAGAAGUGGGUGACAAAAACGGUGCUUUACAUAUCAACGCAACCACACCGACUAAAGAUAGGAAUAUCCUUAAAAUGAAGAGGGAGCACAAAGCAGCAAGGACGUUAGGCAUCAUCAUGGGAGCGUUCAUACUCUGUUGGCUCCCGUUCUUUCUCUUCUACGUGUCCACGUCGUUGUGUGACACCUGUGUUUACCCCGAAGUAUUAACUGUGAUCAUGUUCUGGACUGGCUACUUCAAUUCAGCGCUGAAUCCCAUCAUCUACGCGUACUUCAAUCGAGAUUUCCGAAAUGCCUUCAAGAAUACAUUGGCGUGCGCGUUCUGCAGUUUCUGCCGGCGAAAUUCAUUGGAUUCAGAUGCUUUAGAGAGAUUGGACAGACGCGGCUCAGCUCAGCUUAGAGUGCCAAUUCCUUCUAGAAGACAAUCUGAUCUUGCGUCGCUUUGAGUGUCACCGAACUUUGACGUUUCGACCGUAUGACGGGCCUAGUGUUUCAACGAAUGAUUAUUGUGUACUUAGUAGCAGUGAUGUAAAUAUUUAUACUAGUGAAUUUAAAAGUGCGAGUUCCUUAUGUUUCGAAGUAAAUUAUUUUUAAUAAUCUAAUAUAGAUUUAAGGACGUUAGUGACGAUUAUAAAUUAGAGGGAUAGUGAAUAGAUAGAUGUAAGUGAAUAUGAAACUCAUCUGUAAUGUAUUACACACAAUUCUGUAUUUUAUAUCCUUGAUUGUUACUUCUAGAAUAUUCUAGUUCAUGUAUCACUUAGACAAUUGUAAAUACUAUAAAACGUAAUGUAGCAGAUGUUAGUAAAUGCCCAAAAAUAAAUGAAGGCCAAAAAUUUACAUCAGUGUUAAGAUUAAAUGAAAAUACGUAAGCUAGUUUAGUAUUUUAAUUUAGUGAAGAAAAUAAGCAAUAAGUAGAUAAAUAUAGAAUUAGAAGUCUAUAGGAUAAAAGAACUGAGAUUUGAAAACUCGUGUAGUGAAUCAAAUAGCUAACAUUUAUUAAUAGUACCGAAGUACUUCUAAGUAGAAAUUCCUUCAGAACAAUAUCGCUUGUCGACUCACACGUUACGAGCUGUAAACCAAUCUCAACGUCUAGUCUAUAGCCGAAGGCUCUUUGUACAUAAACAAUAUGAAUAGUGUAUAUUAUACGUUAUAUUUAGAUUUAUCGUUAUUAUAGGAAGAUACGAUAAUAUGGGGACACAACGCUUCAAUAGAAAGGUUUUAAAAAUAAUAAUUGAUGUGCUAUUAACUAUAUCAGAUUCCUUAGAUUUGAUGUUCGGUGUCGUGUUAAUCGAGUAAUGUAUUGAUUGUUCUAUUUAAAUUACUAACUUAUAUGGUUUUACAAUUAACGAUAGUGAAAAUGUUGACUCGAACAACGAACAAAACUUUUCUAUCCGAGGGGGUUAUCGUGAUAUCUUAAAGACGUAUUAAUUCAAGUGUGGGAUAAGGACAGAGCUAAAUAGGUUGUCUAAUGCCCUCGUUUCUUCAUACUCUAAUUAGUAUUACUGUUAUAAGA